AGUACGAGGGGCAGUACACUUCUUCUCAGGGGUACUUUGUCGUUGUAGAUACAACUUCCCGACUUGCCUGCCGCUGUAUGGGACACUGUCAACUUGAGGGAAAUCCUCUUUGUCGAUAACGUUCUGACUGUGAAUGUUUAGUACUUUUGCGUAUUCUCUCAGUAGAACGGUUUCAUUUGUGUGUCUAGAAAACCACUUGUUUGUUACAUGAAGCGCUACAUUUGUGUGACCUGCCGGCAACGAAAAGGAACCAUAUCUGGUCAAACUAUUCAGCUGUCACUAAGCGGGACCCGCUAUCUAUAAAUAGCCUGGAACAAGCAGCGGCGGUGAUUCAGACGUGUGAUCCAAAACUGUGUGGGAUCUCGGCGCUGCUCUCGGAACUCCCCAGGUUUCCCCCUCCCCUACUCAAGCUGGUCUGGGCAGUCUGCUGCCGGUGUUGUGCCAGAGGGUAGUCAUUGGUUUUGUGCCCCUAACUGGCUCUACACUGCUAGAAGCAUGGCCCUGCAGAAACAGAUGGAGAAGUACCGGGAUGUGGACGAGGAUGAGCUGCUGCAGAAGCUGUCUGAGGAGGAGCUGCAGAGGCUGGAGGAUGAGCUGGAGGAGCUGGACCCUGAUAAUGCUUUGCUGCCUGCCGGCUACAGACAAAAGGACCAGACCAAGAAAGCUCCUACUGGAACCUUCCAGAGAGAUGACUUACUGGCUCACUUAGAGAAGCAGGCCAAAGAGCACCCAGACAAGGAGGACCUGGUUCCCUUCACAGGAGAAAAGAGAGGGAAAGCCUGGGUGCCUAAGAAGAAGGUGGUAGACCCCAUCCUUGAGAACGUGACACUGGAACCAGAGCUGGAAGAAGCCUUAGCAAACGCCAGUGAUGCUGAGCUGUGCGACAUAGCUGCCAUUUUGGGAAUGCACACUCUGAUGAGUAACCAGCAGUACUACGAGGCCUUGGCUAGCAGCACCAUUGUCAACAAACAGGGUCUAAACAGUGUUAUCCAAUGUACCCAGUAUAAACCAGUGCCUGAUGAGCAGCCUAAUGACACUAAUGUAGAAGAAACCCUUCAGAGAAUCCAGAGCAAUGACCCUGACCUGCUAGAAGUCAACCUGAACAACAUCAAGAACAUUCCUGUGCCGGUACUGAAGGCGUAUGCAGAGGCACUGGCUGAGAACACCGUGGUGGAACGCUUCAGCAUUGUGGGAACUAGGAGUAAUGAUCCUGUGGCCCAUGCCUUGGCAGACAUGCUGAAGGCGAACACCACACUGAAGAGUCUGAAUGUGGAGUCCAACUUCAUCACCGGUGCGGGCAUCAUGGCUCUCGUGGUAUCUCUGCAGUCCAACUCGACAUUACAGGAGCUCAAGAUCGACAACCAGAGUCAGCCGUUGGGCAAUAAGGUGGAGAUGGAGAUCGCCAGCAUGCUGGAGAAGAACACCACACUCUUGAAGUUUGGCUACCACUUCACCCAGCAGGGGCCCCGACUCAGAGGAUCUAAUGCGAUGAUGAACAACAACGAUCUGGCGCGAGUCAUCCGCUCAGACUCAGAUGGCUCCUUUACCCUAACCCUGUCAGUGCCAGAGCUGGAGAGAGCCUUUGUAAGAAAGAAAAGGCUUGAAGAAGGCCCCAUCUUCCCCAGAUGUCGGACGAACGUGUAACAUCACUGCCCUCAGAUGGGACCCCCAGUCAGCCAACACCCCCAGCAGCACCCCUUCCUUCUAGGAUCCCGACCCUCUGAUUGGUCCAGCACCCCUUCCUUCUAGGAUCCAGACCCUCUGAUUGGCUCAUAGUAGUCUCUUAUUUGCUGUCGUCAUGUUUGAGGUUGUGUCCCAGAUGAAUAGUUUCUAUUGGGAUGCUUUUUCUGUGUUAUACCGAGUUGGCAUGGCCUUUCCUGUGUGUUUUUCUAAUAUACAGGAUUUACUGAGGGCUGAUUUGCUAUCUACAAGUGUUUGUCACAUCUUCAAUCCAAUGUCUUAACUAACUCUCUCUGAAUCAAAUGCAUUGCAUUUAGGUUUUUGUGUAGAGACUCUAUGGUAAAUCCGGUGUGGUAAAUCUUCCCUGUCUUUACGUAGCCCUGCUUGAGCUCCACCAUGCUGAUUACAAUCAUUACACUCAUCAGCAAAGGUCAAAUCUUCAAGUGGGUUUCCCCCCCAAGAUUGCUCCUCAUUAAACCUCCGCUGCAGUCAUAGGGGUUGAGUUGGGGAGAGCCGGUCCCGAGUCCGGCCCGCUUCCCGGCAGCAGAGAGCCUGUCUGUCCUCUGAGCGUCCUCCACAGCCCCACUUUUAACAGCAGCGAGAUUUUAACACAACGAGCAGAGAUCAGAGACUCCGACAUGACCAUUUCAGGCAGCGUGUGUGAAUCAACUUCAUUGGGAUAUUGUGUGUACCUAACUGGUGUGUUGACAGCACUUCAGUCUUUGACUUCCUGUGUAUCUGUAGGCAUGUUGAAGUGAUAUUGCUCUGGGUGUUGAUUGGUGUAAAAGGGGGAAAGGUUAGCUGUAGAUUAAAGUGUGGAUCUUGAUGCAUUUGUAUAAUUGCAACCAUUUAUAUUAUAACACCUGUAUUGUAAUUGAGACAUUGGUCAGUUGUUGAGUUAUUUCAUUUUGUUUUAUUUUGCACUAAAAAAGCAAAGGGAAUUGUUUUGACACUGACAGAUGGUUUAUCUUUGCACUGUAUUUAUUUAUCUAUUUAUUUCGGAACACAGAUCAAUGGCCAGAUAGCCCCAAUGAAUGCUUCUCAUCAGAUAACUUUGGUGUGUGCAUUGUGGUAGGGCUGUCCCAUGCCGAGACAGUUGAUGUCCAAUGUGAACUGAGGGCCCUGUCUGUAUAUUUACACCAUGUCUUCUUAUUUUUACUCUUCCUCCCAGAACAGUUCCGUUUUCAAAAAGAACAUCAAAAAAUCAGAUGGUCAAUAUGAAUCAUUCGAUCGCUGAAUCAUUCAGUGGUUUUACAGGAAGGCAAGAGGCUCCUUGAGAGAACUAGGUCAGGCCGGAGGCCAAGUUGUGCUUUUAGGCCGCCCACGUUUCCCAGAGGACUGUGUAGCUGGGCGCCCUAUAUGGAGAGGGGCCGGAGCUCUGGUGCAGCUCCAGUCAAGAGCAUAAGUAGUGGACUUCAGGGACGCCAGCAUUCCCUCUGUCAAAGCCAAGAGCUCCCAGUAGAUGCACCAGUUUUUAAUCUUUGAUUUUGUUGAAAAAGGAAUAAAGUUUCAAUUUUUGCAUGUUUAA